AUGUCAUCAGAGAAGAAGAGUGAAUUGCCUAAUGGCUCCACGAAUAAGCAACCGCCGGUUAUUCUGUGCAUUGGUAUGGCAGGAUCCGGUAAAACGACCUUCAUGCAGCGUAUCAAUGCUCACUUGCAUGCCAAGAAAACACCUCCAUAUGUCCUCAAUCUCGAUCCAGCCGUCACCUCUCUUCCCUUUACCGCCAAUAUCGAUAUUCGUGACACCGUCAACUAUAAAGAAGUCAUGAAACAAUACAACCUGGGCCCUAAUGGCGGUAUUCUCACUGGUCUGAAUUUGUUUACCACCAAGUUUGACCAAGUGCUGAACUUUGUCGCCAAACGCGCCGACACCGUGAGCCACAUUCUUGUCGAUACACCUGGUCAAAUCGAAAUCUUCACCUGGUCCGCUUCCGGAGCCAUUAUCACCGAUACACUGGCCGCCACUUACCCGACGAUGAUUGCCUACAUCAUCGAUACACCACGCACCACGUCUCCUGCCACCUUUAUGAGUAACAUGCUCUAUGCAUGCAGCAUUCUUUACAAGACUAAAUUACCCUUUAUUCUGGUGUUCAACAAGACCGAUGUUGUGUCGCACGAUUUUGCUGUCGAAUGGAUGACCGAUUUUGAAAAAUUCCAACAAGCCCUCAGCCAAGAUACAUCGUACAUGAGCAGUCUCAUGAACUCGAUGAGUCUGGUGUUGGAUGAAUUUUAUAAUCAUUUGAAGGUGGUCGGUGUCUCGGCUGUCACCGGUCAAGGUGUGGACGAAUUCUUCCAAGCGGUCGAUGACGCAGCAGAAGAAUAUGAAAGAGAAUACAAACCAGAAAUCGAACGCAUGAUCAGAGAAAAGAUGGAACGUGAAGAAAAGAACCGAGAACAACAAUUGAACAAAUUAAUGAGUGAUAUGAAGGUGUCCAAUGGCACUGAAGUCGAUCUGGACGAGAAUGGCUCCCGAUUAGAAGAUGAAAAAUGGGCGGAAGACAAGGAUGACGAAGAAGAGGAAGAGGAAUCAGACGAUGAGUCUGACAGUGAAGGUAAUCCUUAA